AAUUCUUGUUUUUAUUUCUGAACAGUAGCGAUUUUGGACCUUUGAUCAAAGGAAGAAGAAGACUUUGGAGAUCAAGACAGUCUCUUUUUGUUUACCCAAUUCCUCUUGAUCUGAAAGAAGAUCCCUGUUUCUGGUUAUGAUGUCUCGGCAGAGUCAGUUAUUUACAUUGCUUAAGAGAAGGUUUCAUUCCCCGUCUAGUGAUGCCCCAACGGAGACCUUAAGAAAGAAGAUAGCCGAUUUGCAAAAGAGUAAGAAGCGAAGGAACCCAAUAAAGAACCAGUUUCUAGUUGAGGUUCCAGAAUCAAGAUCGUAUUUGGACACUGCAACGAUGCCUAUGUUCCUCGCUGUGGUCGGUAUCGCAUUGUUUGCAAAGGUGUUAAUGAUGAUUGAUGAUUCGAAAUCCCAAGAAAUGAUUGAACGCAAGAUAAAGAAUGCACCACCGGGACAAGGCACAGUGCGGAUAAUUGAGCGUGAGGAGUGGGAUGAGUUUAGAGAAGUAAGGCCAAGAACACCUUUUGAGUCCAAGCUUGCUCGCCCAAAUGCACAAAUAAGAACUGGAGAACCUGUGCGCAAGGAUGACUUGACGAACUGGACAAUAGACGUGCUAACAAACGCACUGGAACGAACCGAAGAAAGUGUUCGCCGCAGAUCCAGUUAGAUUUUCAUGAGUUCUCCUCAAUUCAAUGGGAGCUUCCUAGUUAAUAUACAUACUAGAUAAAUUACCCGCACUAUGUGCGGGAUGAAAUGACAAUUAAAGAAGUGCAUUGUAGUUUUAGUUAUAAAAAUUAUUGUAUUAUUAUCCGAAAUCCAAAAUCUGUUAGUGUAUUAUGAAACAUGUUAAAAAAACGUUUUAUAUUCCAAUCAUCGAUUUUUCGUA